AUAGAGUUGGAAAAAAAAACAGGGAAGCCAUCGUGAGAUGCCACCGUGUACCAAAGUAAGCAUGUCGCGUCGAUCAUCGCAUGCCAGUAUGCGGCUAUUUCGUAGCUCGGUCUCAUGUUCAGUGAAAUGGCACAUUUCAAUGCCGUUUAGGGCUGAUUAAGGCUGCAUUGUUGAGUUAUCUGCGAUUUGGGACGGCGAUGGUGAGUGUAUAUUUGGGCGACUGCCCCAGAUUUAUCAUGUUGGCUUUCUCUUCUUCCCUUCGGCGCAUGUCCGACAUCUUCUCCUCGCUGAUGGGAAUCUCACGUCGUAAUUACGAUGGUUAGUGGUAACGCACCCGGAGAGAGCCACGCUCUGCAAGUUCAGAUUCCUUGCAUCGUGUUCUUUGUUGUCACACCCAUCUUCAUCAUCAUCAGAAUAUGGACUCGGAUCAAGCUGAAGAGUGGCCUUGGCUAUGAUGACUGGACAAUUUUGUUCUCUUUUAUCAAUUCCUUGGCUGUUUCGGCCUUGAUGAUGGCAUCCUGUGCCUAUGGAUUUGGGCAGCACAAUGCCAACUUGUCCGUGUAUAAUCGAAAGAUGACUUUCAAGCUGUUCUAUGUAGCCCAAGCGUUCUACAAAAUCACAAUUAACCUGACGAAAGCUUCGAUCCUGCUACUAUAUCUCAGAAUUUUUAUUCAGAGGCCUUUUCGGAUUAUGUGCUAUGUUAUGUUGGGGAUCAUCUUAAGUUACAUGGUUGCCACUUUCUUUUCGUCUGUCUUUCAAUGUACGCCUAUAUCGCGUGCUUGGGACAAAUCGAUUCAUGGCUCAUGCAUCAGUAUUCCCAAGAACUGGUACGCCAAUGCCGGCUUCUCGAUCGCCACGGACUUUAUCAUUUUGGUGCUUCCAAUGCCCAUCAUAUACAAGUCAUAUCUCCCUUCAAACCAAAAGGUGGCACUGAUGUUUGUGUUUGCACUCGGAGCCUUUGUCAUGAUCACGAGUAUCUUCCGAAUGCAAACCCUUAAUUUCUCAUCAACAAGCCCUGAUCCGACUUAUGAUAUUGCCUCCUCACUCUGGACCAUUGUUGAAGAAAAUGUCGGCAUCAUAUGUGCUUGUCUCCCCUCGUGCAGACCGAUCCUUUCGAUGCUGUUCCCCACUGUUUUCCCAUCUAACUCUGGGAGCGGACCCUACGGGUCUUCUUCGGGGAACCCGAGAAGCAACACAUUCGAGAACACUGAUUCUGCCAAAAGCGGUUGGACCCCCUCACGGGGUGACAAAGACGCCAUGGGAGUUAACCUCACGACUGUGAAGGCCCAUGGCUUGAAAGGCAGCACAAGCGAGGAAUCCAUUCUUAGGCGUCACGAUGGGUUGGGUAAUGACAGCGAUGGGAAUGGGAUCCAUAAGGUAACAGCUUAUUAUGUUUCAUGGCCUUUCGAAUAAUAUUAAAUACAGUUCACAAUACCGACAGGGAAAUAUCUGACUGAUGAAAUAUCCCUUAGGGUUAGGGUAUAUAUACUCUUCGCGAUGUUGAAAGACAUCAUAGAAUAUGAACUUAAGUCAUAUGUGGUCGACGUCCAGUGUUUGAUAUUGAUAACGAGGGUUGAAAGGUCCAUGUGAUCCACAUCCUUCGUAGCGCCUCCGUGGCAACCUCUAACAAGCCACAAUUUUGUAGCCACCAAUCAAACGUUGAGUUCUCCUGGCCAAAAUAACCC